CCACCUGGAUGUUCUUUAGUAAAGAUGCUAUUCUUGUCCCCAUCUAAUUUCGUUCUUUCUCUUGUUCCUUAAAUGUAAGCACAGGCAAGAAAAUGAUCAAGAAAGCAAUUAUUCAUUAUUCACAGAAAUUAUUAAACAAUGGACUCUUCUUUCUUACUUAAUUUAUUCCUUCCUAAGGCAUUUUGGUAGUGUGGAGAGAAGUUUUGUUUGGUGAGCUGUGUAUCUCUGUAUUCGCUGCUACAUUCUUAUAUUUUAUCAAUUUCCUUCACAUGGCUUCAUAAAUCUCAGUUACUUUACUUACGUCUUCCUUUUUCUCUUUCUUUGAGAGUGUGUGUAUUUUUUUCUGCAAGAGAGAUAUCAUGUGGGUUUACUCUGAAAAAUCAUGAGCUUUCAAAGAAAUAGAAUUCUUGCACUUAAUCUUUUACUUCUUGUAGUUAAAUCUUUUGGGCUUAACACAGAUGGUAUUCUUUUACUUUCUUUCAAAUUCUCUAUUCUUGAUGACCCUCUUCAUGUUCUUCAAACCUGGAAUUUCUAUGACGAAACUCCAUGUUCUUGGAAUGGAGUUUCUUGUAGUUUAGACAAUUCUUUCCCUCAUGUUACUGGUUUAUCUCUUCCAAAUUCACAGCUUCUUGGUUCCAUCCCUGCCGAUCUUGGCAUGAUUCAAAAUCUUCGAAAUCUUGAUCUAUCCAACAAUUCUUUAAAUGGGUCUUUGCCUCUUUCCCUUUUUAACGCAACCCAGCUUCGGUUUCUUGAUUUAUCUAAUAAUUUGAUUUCUGGUGUUUUACCAGAGACUAUAGGUCGGUUACAAAAUCUUGACUUUCUUAACCUAUCUGAUAAUGCUUUGGCGGGAAAUUUACCUGCUAGUCUUUCUACUAUUUAUAAUCUAACUGUUCUUUCUUUAAAGAACAAUUAUUUCUUUGGUGUUUUGCCUGCUGGAUUUAGAGCUGUUGAAGUUUUAGACCUUUCUUCAAAUCUAAUUAAUGGAUCUUUACCUAAAGAUUUUGGUGGUGAUAGUCUUAGUUACUUGAAUUUGUCUUAUAACAAGCUUUCUGGUUCAAUUCCAGCAGAAUUUGCCUCUCAAAUUCCAGGUAAUGCCACUAUUGAUCUUUCAUUUAAUAAUUUAAGUGGGGAAAUUCCAGAUUCUAGAAUUUUCUUGAAUCAACAAGGAAGUUCUUUUACUGGAAAUCCUGAUCUCUGCGGCGAUCCAUUAAGAAACAAAUGUCCAAUUCCUUCUUCACCAUCUUCUCUUCCAAAUGUAUCUUCUCCUACUUCUCCUCCUGCAAUUGCUGCAAUUCCAAGAACUAUAGCUUCUAGCCCUGCCGCCGGUAACAGACAGGUAGGUUCUCAAGGACUUAGGCGAGGAACCAUAGUAGGCAUCGUAGUGGGUGACAUAUUAGGAGUUGUUAUUCUCGGUAUGAUUAUCUUUUACGUAUAUAAAUUAAAGAAGAAGAAAAGAAAGAACGUUGAAACGACAAUCAAGGACGAGGCUAAUAGUGCAAAAGACGACACUUGGUCUUCUUCUUCUUCAGAAUCAAGGGGGUUUACAAGAUGGUCAUGUCUACUCAAGAGAGGAGAUAAUGAAGAAGAAUCAGAUUCCUCUAGUUGCGAUAAUGAUUUGGAAGAUCCAAAACGUCAAGAAAAUCAACGGCCACAAGAGCAAGAACAAAAUAAAAGAGGUACAUUAAUGACGGUCGACGGUGAAAAAGACUUGGAGCUUGAAACUUUACUUAAAGCAUCAGCUUACAUACUGGGUGCUACUGGUUCGAGUAUAAUGUACAAGGCUGUGCUCGAAGAUGGGACUGCACUUGCGGUUCGUAGAAUAGGUGAAAGCCAUGUGGAGCGAUUCAGGGACUUUGAAACCCAGGUCCGGGUCAUUGCCAAGCUGGUGCAUCCAAAUCUGGUUCGAAUUCGUGGCUUCUACUGGGGUGUUGAUGAGAAGCUCGUUAUUUAUGAUUUUGUCCCUAAUGGCAGCCUUGCCAAUGCCCGUUACAGGAAAGCUAGCUCCUCGCCCUGCCAUUUACCAUGGGAGACCAGGCUCAAGAUUGCGAAAGGAGUAGCCCGUGGACUCUCAUUUCUGCAUGACAAGAAGAACGUCCAUGGAAACUUGAAGCCCAGUAAUAUUCUUUUGGGUUCUGAUAUGGAGCCCAGAAUUGGAGAUUUUGGGCUUGAAAAGCUUGUGACUGGUGAUUCAAGCUACAAAUCCAGUGGCUCGACCAGAAAUUUUGGGAGUAAAAGGUCCACGGCCUCACGUGAUAGCUUCCAAGAUAUUUCACUUGGGCCCAGCCCAAGCCCAAGUCCAAGUUCAAUUGGAGGCCUAUCGCCUUACCAUGCUCCUGAGUCGCUUAGGAGUCUAAAGCCCAAUCCAAAAUGGGAUGUGUAUUCAUUUGGGGUUAUAUUAUUAGAGCUACUAACAGGGAAAGUGAUAGUUGUGGAUGAGUUGGGCCAAGGAAAUAAUGGGCUUGCAGUUGACGAUAAGAACCGUGCCAUGAGGAUGGCAGAUGUGGCGAUUCGAGCUGACGUGGAAGGAAAAGAGGAGGCCUUGUUGGCUUGCUUCAAGUUAGGGUAUAAUUGUGCUUCUCCAAUCCCUCAAAAAAGACCAACAAUGAAAGAAGCCUUACAAGUCCUUGAGAAAAUCCCAUUUUCAUUUUCCUCUUCCUCGUCAUACUUAUAUGGUCGGUAACUAAGGUGGUAAAUGGAUGUCUCGGCUCGAUAAAGAUAUAUCUAUUCAAGUUUGAAAAACCAAAUUCAAGCUUCAUUGGUUAAGCUUUUCAAAUGAACUCCAAGUAGCUUUUUUUGAAUCAAAUUUCGAGCAAUUCACCUUACGUUCAACUUCCUUCAUUUACAAUCUUAUUCAAUAAUGAUAAAAUUGGAUUAGCAGCUUUGUAAAGCGAUUGUGUGUACUAUUUUAACUUAUAGACUCUUAAUUGUUUCGAUGUUUGAGGGCCAAUUGUGUGAUAAUUUUAUACGUGACUAAUUUUUAAUUUCACUAA